CGACAUAGGUCGGUAUUCACAAUGAAUUCUUACGGUUUGAUUGCGUUUUUCCUCAUGGCAAUAGUGGGAACAAUUAUUGCAUCACCUGUUGAUGAAAAUAAGCCGUUUGAUUGUCCAGCAAAUGAAAGGUACUAUAAAUGUUCUCUAGAAGUUUGCUACAAGAAAUGUGAGAAUUUGAUCACCCCACCUCCUUGUCCAUUGAUAGCUGCAAAUUGUUAUCAACCCUCUUGUGAAUGCGUAGACGGCUAUUUAAGAGAUUCCACUGGGACCUGUGUUACUGUUGAAGAGUGCAUGAGACAGUUUUCAUCCACCCAUCACUGACUUUCAUAUUUUGUAAAACGAUGAUGAAAAAAAAACAAC